GACAGCCACUCGGACAGCAGCAGCAGCCGCAGAAGAAGGAGGAGAAGAAGAAGAAGAAGAAGAAGAAGUAGUCAGUCGGUCCUGCAGUACUUCCGAAGUGUUGCUAAUAGCGAGUAGUACCGGGCGGCGUACUUUCUGUGACGUUUCGUGUUAACUUUCUGACCGUUAACCGGAACUCAGUUUGUCGUCGUUGGUGUGAUGGAACUGGACAAAAUGGACGAGAACGACUGGAAGUAUCACGGAGAGGGAAACAAGAGUCUGGUGGUCUCACACGUACAGCUUUCCAGAGUCCUACGCCUGCUCAAGUAUCCGGCCGAGGACUCUGAAAACCCACCACAGACAGUGGAGCAGGCCUUCAGGCAGAUUCAGAACAUUGUGGACUUCAGCUCCAACGUGAUGAGCUGCCUGCUGGGAGAGAAGUUCAUCCACAGCGGGGAAGUGGUCAAGUUGCCGCUGGAGUUUGUGCGACAGCUGUCAAUCAAAGUGCAACAUCAGAGACCAGCGUGGCGCUGUGAUAAGGUGAUGGACAUCUACAGCGGCUGUGCUCUCUGUCUGCCCAACCUGACGUCUCCAGUCCUCCACCUGUCAACACACACUGCUCCACUCUGCAUUGAGAUCAAGCCAAAAUGUGGUUUCCUGCCGUCCUCCAAACACGUCAGCAAAGACAUAAAGACCAAAGUGUGCCGCUUCUGCAUGCACCAGCACUACAAGGUGGCCAAUGGGAAGUGGAAGAGGCCGAGUCUGUACUGUCCUCUAGACCUGUUCUCAGGUAACCGACAGAGAAUGGACUUUGCAAUCAGACACCUGAUUGAAGAACCUCAGAACAACUUCAAAAUCUUCAAGGGUGGUCAGUGCAUCUACAGCAGUAAGGAGGUCAGUGACGACUCGAUGGACCUGAACGCUGUGCUGCAACAUCUCAGACCGUACUUCAUGCAUGGAAACAACCGAUUCAACAGUCACAUGACCAGCAAAGCCGUCCUGAAUGACUUGAUCCAGGUCUUGGCGAACGCCCUGCUGAGCGGAGGAGGAGACAGGGAGGUGGUGACAGACACACGCGGAGGAGGGCGGAGCUUCUGUGAAGCAAGUCUGCUUAACAAGGAGAGGAUCCGGCACGGCUCUGAGGGUUUACCCAGCGACAGCGUUCUGUUCAGGAUCCUUCAGACCCAGAUGUUGGACACGCUGGACAUCGAAGGACUUUUCCCUCUGUACCGCCGGGUGGAGCAGCACCUGCAGGACUUCCCCAAGGAGAGGGGCACCGUCUGGUCUCCGGCAUCACUUCCUGUCUGUGUCAGGACCCGUCUUCAGGUGGAGGGUCCGUACAACGAGGCCUUCCUGGAGAAGCUGCAGAAAUGUCCGACCGAAGACGACGGCUCGGUGGAGUACGCCGUCGCCAAGGUCCACCAGUACCGCGUCGCCAUGACGGCCAAGGACUGCUCCAUCAUGGUCGCUCUGGUGCCCAGAAGUGAGGAAGAGGAGGAUGAAGGGCCUCCCAGUCUCUCUACUCAGAGGCGGCUCAGGGACUUCCACUCCCCCAGGCCGCCGGCGCUCUCCUACUCCGUCUCCAUCCUGGAUCUGGACCCGAAGUCCUUCGACAGCAUCCCCAGCCAGCUGCGCCUGGACCAGAAGAUCGUCUCCUGCUACCUGAGGACCGGCGGUGCCUUGCCAAAGGGCUCUCUGUCGCCGCACCCCGGGAUCUUCACCGCUGCAGAGAGGGAGGACUGCACGCUGCUCUUCCACCCCGUGUAAACCCCCCCCCCGCCGCCCCCCUCUCCAGAUUAACAGGGCGAACUACUGACUCGACGGCCCCCCUCGCAGAUCUAGAAUCCCUUCAGACCGGAGCCGCUUAUCACAGACUCAGAGCACCUUUCUUACUCGGCUGAUAACAAAGCAAAAGCUCAACUAAUCUCCACUAACUCAUCCGACGAUGAAGCAACUUCCAGAUCAGUUCUGUUAUGGAUUCUGGACUCUUCUCGUCCUGUCAGGAGGGGAAUCGGCGCUCCGGUCGUCCGUAUACAUAUUUAUUACAAGACCUGAGGGAAGCGUUGGUCUUCUCCUCUUUGGUGACGAAGCUGAGGCGGCGUGAAGGGAAAGGAAAGCAGGUCGAUGGGUUGUUAACGUAGGUAAGAUGUAAUUUUCUGAAUGUAGGCGGGGCCUCAGGCAGGAGGCGGAGCCGCGGCGUCACUGUGGUAACUGAAGCACCAGUUGCCAUAGCUACAGCCACAGCUGGAGGCGGCUGAGAGGAUGCCACGUUAUUUAAUGGAAUGAGUUGCGGUUGAGUUUGGUUGUUUUUAUAAACCUUCAUCAGACUUUGAGAGCCAAAUAUCCGACACUUGAACUCCUGUUGGAAGAAAAGUUAAACCUUUUUGCCUGUCGGUGAAGGUCGAUGUCCGUCAUUUCUUUUUUAUGGAGGAGUUGACAAAUGUUAAAGGGGUUCACUCGAAUAAUGAAGAAAAAAAAAAAGCCUUUGCUUUUCCUUCCAGUGAAAUAUUUGCAGUUAUGGUUUAAUUCCUGUAGGUCGAGAUAUUUUUGAAAUUGUGCCGUGAUUUAUCGUUCUCACCGCAUUAAAAAACAAAUCACGUGUUUUAAAAAUUGACAUUUAGAUAAUUUUCAUAAUCAACAAACUACAUUUGUCACAGAUUACUUGAAACGUGGAGAAAUAAAACCCAAACAAUGUGCAAGGGGACAUUUCACUGGAGGGAAGAGAAAUAACAAUAAUAACCACUCAGUGGCCACUUUAAGGUACACCGUAAUCAUUUAAUGCAAAUGAGUAGUAAAUCGGCCCUGUUAUUCAUUUUUUACCUUUUUUUUAAACUUGUAUCGUUCUGUUUAUUGUCAGAGAGGUUAUGUUACAUGGAACGCUGCACAACAGCCUGAUAGGGAGCACACGUCCGAUUAACACCGGCGUAUUCUGUAUUGGUGACAGCUGUUGGCGUCUUAGGUCAGGCAGGGGACUGUUGUAAGGUUCCUCAAGUGGAGACGUUUGUGUCCAGUUGCCUUUUGUUAUGUGUGUGUCUCAUUAUUUUAACUUGUUUCACAUUGUUCUGGUGGAAGAGAAGCAGCAUUUAAGUUGUCUAACACUCCCGUGUUCACUAACCGGGUGGAUCGCGUGUUCUAAAAGUACGCUGACAUCACACUUGGAAUAUUUGCAUGUGUUUUUGUGUGUGUGCCAUAAGUGGUGUUUGUCCAUGUGCCUAAAUGUCCUGAUAGGACUGGAGGCUGGUGGUGUGCGACUGUGUUUAUGUGUCAAGAAAACUGGCGUUGUUACCGUCUGCCUCUCAGGACCUCGAACCGAAGGCGUCUGAUGUUUGCAAAACGACGCGUUCAGGCGGGCGCCCCGAGGCGUUUAAGUUCUUUGACCACCAGCAGAUGAGUGUUGACUUUGACACUAGCGUCCAGAUGUUGGUCGGGGUCAUCUCGGGUCUUUUGUCAGACCUGCGAUUUCCUCCUAUCGGUGAUGUCAUCGGAUAAACUGGUAACACUUGAUUUCAGUUCCCGUUGUCUGCUCUCCAACCUCCGUCAGCCAAUCAAAUGCCUGGAAACAAAUCCCACUACGACACAGGAAGUCCUUCGUGUGCUCGAUGCGGCCAGAAGUUCCUCUAACCCCGGACAGUUUUUUUGUUUUUUUUCUUACGCCUUCGUUGUCCGGGCGGUGGAGGAGUUGAAGAAAGGCCGGAGGGCGGCGAGCUGAACCGGGCAGCAUGGCGGGAAGCAGAGGCUCAUGGGAUACCGCUGAGUCACCGUGGCUUAUUUUCAUAAUCUUAGAAGUGGCCUCAGUUUGUCUAAUACUCGUUUACGUUCUCAGACGGCUGCGUAACGAUAAACCUUUUAACCGUAGAACCAUUAUUGUAGCGUUUGGGUAUCUUGAACAAACCGCUUUGGUUUCCAUUUCUAUUUGCUUUUUCUAGCUAAUUUCAAAACUAAUUGGCCAAAUUGAAGCUUUCAGAAUAAUUUAAAGUUUUUAAACUGUCAGUAAGAUACGACCUUUCACUUUCUCUCUGAACGUUGUAAUUAAACAAAGUCCCAUCUGUGUCUGAUGAAGAGAUGGGUAACUAUCAACGGUCCGUUAACAACAAAGAAAACAUUCAAGCUCCACUUUCUCGCUUGUUUUACACCCAUCAGCAGGUGUUUAGAGUCAACGUGGAGCAGAAGUCCUACAGGAGGAAAUUCAGGACCAAUGUUAUUCAGGUGUCAUGAGAUCUUAAACUGACAAACUGAGGCUCAAACGCGAUUUCCUUUACGACUAUGUUACAGUAAUCAGGGGAAACGGUCCUGAGGCAGGUGAGCUGCGUUCUGAUUGGUCUGUUGCCUGCUGCCCUGCAGAAACAUCACAGCACUGUGAGACGAAUACCUGUAUGUGUGUGUAAAUAUCUGAGGAGAAAACUAUUUGAAAAACACAACAGUGAAACUGCUGUCCUGCAUUUGUAUUUAAAUUAUUUAUUUUUGUAGAUUUUGAACAGUGAGCUCGGCUCUUACAAUCGUCACAGUCGAGCUCUUUCUAUUGAAUAAAGAUUUCUAAGAGACUAAA